UCGGAGUACGUCGUGGUUUCAUUAAUGCGUUUAGUUUCAAUAACAGUGUCGAUUGUAAGAAGGAUUGUCGCGAUAAAAUAAGUUAUUGUGGUGAAACAAAGAAGAGUGGUUUGUUAAUAAAAUCAACUGUGUUUUAGUGCAGGAAAUAAUCUAACGGGUUAACAUUUACAAAUGUGUUGAGUUUGUAGUGUUCGAACGGUUUAGAACUAAUAUGUAGAUUUGCGCUUUUAUGUUUAUUGGAAUGUACUCAAUAAUGUGUGAUAAAACACGAUUACAUUAUUUGUGAUUCUUUGAUUUGCUAACGUUAAAUCCGUCUGUGCUUGUUUGAUAUAUUUUAUAGUUUUAGAAGAGAUUAACGAAAUAUGAACAUUUCCAAUUAAUCUGAUAAAAAAAUGUACUGGAUAUUUUGUGUUCGAAAGAAGAUGCCGAAUUAUUGCAACGAUCUAGAUUAACGAGAAUUCGAAAUGAGGUUAUAUCCGUAGUCCAGAUUAACGAAACGUGUAUACCUUAAGUAAGAGAUGUAGUUUUCUAAAGUGGCUGAAUACUAUUAAAGUCAGUGCAUCGUUCAAGAGAUACUCACAAUAAUGGAAAUAAAACGUAUGCUGGUCAAACUCCUAGACUUUAAAAGGACAUGGAUGCUAUUCCUGCUUAUAUUUCUGAGACAUUCAGAUGCCCACGAUUACUACAGGAACAACCCUUCCUCUAUUCCAAGAUUUCUGCCCGUCCCUACGAACAUCACAGUCCACGAGGGUGAGACUGCUCACCUCCGAUGUAGGAUUCAUAAUCUAAGCCCAAAAUUUGUCGUUUGGCGGAAAGCGGAUGAGGAAUCACCUCUUACCCUCGGCAAGACGACCUUCACCCCUGACAAAGACAUCGAGGUCCAGAUUGAAGAAAUCAACCCGCAGGAUGUAGAGAAUGAGGAAAGCAGAUACGAUCUGAUCAUCAAGAACGUAUCUAAGGACCAAGAAGGCACAUACGCGUGUCAAAUCAGCGCAACAAAAAACUACACGUUCAAUAUAACGUUAAAUCUUUUAGAGCCGAUUAAAUAUAUACAAGAGCUUGAAUUGACUGGGACAGAGUACGUAAGCAUAAUGGAAGACAUUCGGCUCGUCUGCAACGCCACUGGUGCUUUAAAGGCCCCGGAUUCUGUGGACUGGUUUUUCGAUGGGGAACCAAUUAGUAAAAUGAAGCCCGGGCGCAUUCUUCAAUUAAACUCGAAACCAAUGCCUGGAAGGUCAUUGAUAAGUGAACUUGUGAUCAAAAACGUCACCACUGAUGACAGAGGGCAUUACGUCUGUCUGUUGACUAAAACGCUUGCACAGGGGUUUAAAGUCCACGUUCUUAAUGACAAAAAGAAUCACAAAGAUCCAAAACGAGAUCUGGAAACGGAGAGGUAUUCAUAUAAUACAGAUCAUGCCCCUUCAGACGCGUUAGAAUCACAUGGUAAAAAUGACGCACUUGCAGUUUAUUGGAGCACUAGCUUGCAAACGUCACUUACGACAGCAACAUUAUUCUGGACGAUAACCUCAUCAUAGCAAUAGGUUUCCCAGACCUUAACAAAUGAAGAUAUAUGUUAGACCUGCAUGCGGAUACAUAUUGAUAUUACUGUGUUCGAAAUAGAGAGGUGAAGACUCUUUGAAUAGCGAUAUUAUUUUUUCGUAGGCAACAAUUGCUAUGAUUUUCGCUUAAUAUUUUAAUUAGAGUAAAAUAAAAUAUGCUAAAUAACGGACAAAAUUGUAGGUCUGCUUUACAAACACGUCUCAAAACAGUACCGGUAUUUAGAUACCUUUAUUGAGUUCAUCUAAAGCAUUUUGAACCUUAAUGAUUUAGGCGAAUGCCUAGCGCAAUAAAGCCAUUUUCAGCCUGUUUACAUUACCUUUUUUAAAUGUUGUGUAGCCUUUAAUCAUUUGUUUCUUAGAACACAAACAUAGAAGUUGAACACGGAUGUAUAUCAUCAUGUAAAUUACAAUGUUCACCUUCGUAUCGUGAAAUUCAUUUUAGAACAACGCCGCGACCAUAUUGCUUUUUCAAACAACAUUUGACAAUUUUUCUAUGAAAAGAGCCGUAAAUAAAAGUAUCCACCAAUGGUAUUUUUAUGUUGACGAUUAACGACCUAUUAGCAAAAAGCAAUCACCGACAAUUGUUCAAAGUUGGUACUAAUUUGACAUCAUUUCAAGAUAAUUGUUUCAUUCAUGUUGUUCUAAUUUAAAGUUAUUGGUCCAAGGGCAACGAAUGGUUUGUACUUACUAGAAUGUAUGCUUAAUAUAAAACAUAAUUAAACAGGGUGCGUCCAAUAUUGAAUGUGUUCUUUUAAUUACUAUUACUUAUGCUAAAAUAAUUGUCGAAUUCCGAUGUCUUUUGUACGUUUUCUUUAACGAAUAUGAUCACAUUUAGUUGUUAUUGUUUUGUAUAGUUUUACAAUUUUUGUAAAUACGGG